CACGAGGAACUCUGACCAAAUCAAAAUCUGACUUGUUAAAAGAAGGAUUCCCAACUGCACUGACCAGAACAUCAGCAAUCCUCCAAAGGAAGAUUUUGUGUUUGGAGAGGUGUUGGAUGAAGAUGAAGAUGUUGUUUUGCAGUCUGCUGUUUGUGUUGGGAGGAGAUGUUCUCCUGGCCUGCUCUCUGAAGAACUACACGCUGUACGUGGAGAGACACGAGUGCGGUCACUGCAUGGCCGUCAACACCACCAUGUGCAGCGGAAUGUGCUUCACACAGGACACAAACGUGAGAGGAUUUGUGGGCAAGCGUUUCCUGAUUCAGAGAGGAUGCAUGCAUCGUUCUCUGGUCUAUCAUUCUGCUAAGAUGCCCGGCUGUCCUGUCCAUAUUGAACCGCUCUUCUUUUAUCCGGUGGCAGGCCAGUGUCGCUGCACCAAAUGCAACACUACCAGGAACGAGUGUGUUUACAGGCCAAAUUACACUCCCAGCAAAUGCUCCGAGCACCUGCGUGCCGUCUGAAAUCAAUCGACAAGGGGCCUUCCUCACAAUAAAAUUCAGUUCUGAUAACCUUUUUCCCCCUCUAAUGUUCUGGUAACACUUGUUCUAUUAGAAAGUGUUUCUCAUUUCAGCUAUAUAGAAAGAGUAAACAAUAUGGAUGGUUUUGUAAUAAUGUUGUAUAUAUAUAUAAUAUACACACACACACAAAAUAUCUUGAUGAAUAUUGUUGUUGAGAGACAGUCUUUGUUCUGGUUCUCCUGUCUGUAUCUUUUUCACUAUAAAUGUCUGCAUUAAUCACUAAAGUCUCAUUUACUGUAACUAAUAUCAUUCACUCAUUUUUUUUUUUAAACAAGCAAAUGCUUCAUUUUGACUAGCCAUAGAAAAAACACCAUUACCAGAGCACCAGAAAAUACAUACUAAGCAAAAAUAACAAUUAAAAUCUCCACAGUAACAAUAAUAUAUUCAUACCUUGAUCUUUUAUGUAUGAGAGCAAUUCAUUUUAUUUCUUAGGUUACAUCAGAAAGGCUUGCAAAAUAUGUUUACAUAUUAAUUGCACGGUUUGCCAACUACAUAUGUAUGUGUCAGAGACAAAAUAUUUCUAAGGACAAUUUGGCAAAGAUGUAUUUUUAAACUGUUACUGAUUGUUGAUGAUGA